AUGGGCUUGAUCGGGUGUGGUGGCAAUAUGAGCGGCCACAUCGGGCGUUUGAUGAAGAUGCGGGAUGUGGAGGUUGUGGCUCUCACAGAUCCGAGUGAGGCGAGUUUUGCGCGGUUGUUUGAGCGCGUGCCCCAGGCAGAGGCGUUGCCGAGGUUUGCAGAUCACAGGGAGAUGCUGAAUAAUGUGGAGAUGGAUGCGACGGAGAUUUCCACGCCGCAUACGUUGCAUUUUGAACAGAUUAUGGAUAGUCUGGAUAAGGGUUUGCAUGUGCUGACGGAAAAGCCGAUGGUGUGUUCGGUCGAUCACGCGUUUCAGGUGAUGGAUAAGGCAGUGGAGGUGGAUCGGGUUUUGAUGGUGUCCUAUCAACGGCACCUGGCGCCGACGUUUCGGUUUAUGCGGAAUCAGAUUCAGGCGGGUGAGAUCGGAGAGGUUCAGUUUAUUCAGGCGAUGCAAGAUCAGCAUUGGUAUGAGAAUCAACAGGGCAAGUGGCGACAGGUUCACGCGCUGUCGGGCGGGGGUCAGUUGAAUGAUUCGGGGAGUCAUUUGCUGGAUGUUGUGCUGUGGAUGGUGGAUCUGGCUCCGGCGCGGGUGUCGGCGUUUAUGGAUUAUCUGGAUACAGAGGUGGAUAUCAAUUCGGCGCUGUCGAUUGUGUUUGAGAAUGGCGCGUUGGCGAAUUUUUCUGUUGUGGGUACAGGUCCGGGUCCGGGGAUGUGGGAGGAUAUUACGAUUUGGGGCACAAAGGGGGCGAUUUAUUCUCGCAAUGGGCGGGUGACGUGCAAGUACGGUGGCAAUGCGCCUGUAGAGGUGGAUGCCAAUAGUUUGCCGUCGCGGUUUGUCGAGUCCAGAUCAAAAUUUUGUGGAUGCUAUUUUGGGGCGCGAUGA